AAUAAGAAAAAGAACAUUCGAAAUUUGAAAUUUGUCGUUGUUUUGUUUGCAUUUUUUAAACGAUUUAUCCGGAUCAUUUAAUCCUAAGUUUAAUGAUAUUAUAAUUUUUAAUAAACUAAAAUGGGAGGUGAUAUAAAAGAACAGUGGUUUUCACUCAUUGUAGAGCAAUUAGAUGCUUUCUGUAACCGCGUCGAUGAGAAAAUAGCUAAAGAACAACAGCAAUUGAAAGAAUGUAAAAAGAAGACAGAAUUAGAAACAAAAUUAGCUCAUGAAAUGAAGCUGAACUUGGAACUCACUGAGAGGCUAGCGGAGCUGUCCCGCCGCGGGGGCGAGCUGGACCGUGUGUGCGCCACUCUGAGCACGCUCUCCAUCACAGACAGCGACAGACACCGUCUGGAAAAUGCCAGGGAGACACAUGAGCUGGCGAAAGAACUCACCAGCAUUCGACUGGACUUCAGCGCUCCACCGCACAUAGCGAAGGGAUAUAUAAAAAACGAAGCACGCAAACUACUCCAGCCGUUUGAGAUCGACAUGUCAGCAGGGGGCGACAGCGAAGCCCUAUGGAGUUUGCUGCACAUGACCUCGACUCCCGGCUGGCCCCAGCUCGGCGAUAAAGAAAACCGGCCAGUCAAUUAUUAACAUUUAGCAAUUAGGGUAUCGUAAAAUCAUAUGCAAAUAAUGGGGGGGGGGGGGAGGUAUGUCCAUCCUAGAACAGUUUAGUGCCCACCCCAUGAUUUGGGGAAAGCUUUUAGGGAAUGUUCAAGAUUGGUAACCCCGCCUGCGCGAACGGUAUACGCUAGCGGAGCACCAGUGAGGGAUGGUGGUGAGAAUGCAAACGCAAGUCAGUUUGCACAUCGUUCACCACAAUGGUUUCAAGGGGGGCACGUGGAGGUCGACCUGACAGGGCAUAUUGCUAGCAAUGAGAUUGCUAGUUCGCAUUGGUAACAAAUCCCCUCCAGACUUUUUGUUUAGUUUAGUGGUAGCCUCGCCUGCGUUACUGGUGUACACUAGCGGGGCACCAGUGACAUAUAAUGGGAAAAAGGGAUUAUGUAUGGUAUAGAAUAUGGUAGGUCACGGUGAUGGCAAGAAAACGAAGACUUACAAUUGGAUUUUAUUUUCGUUAAUUACAGAUAAUAAAUAGACGUGUGAUGUCGAUCGCUUCUAGGUGCAGACUGGGCGUGGCCUCCGUUGCGCCAAUUAUAAGUUUAAAAACGACUGCACGCAGAGACAAUGACAUAGACAAACUAUUUUAUUAAUAAUUGAGUUUUGAGGCACAGAACGCGUCGCUUACAGGGAUUAUUAGUAAAGAAGUUGAUUUUCCCUAUUACUAUCAAUACACCUUAUCAGGUCGACCUUAUGAGGUUUGGUAUCAUUUUUGAUACUUUAGCCAUUACGAGAAUAAAAAUAUUUAAAUUCAUUUAACAAUGAAACGAUGCAAACCCCGGUGUCACAUUUGAAACUUCAGCUAUUUAAGGGUUAACAUAUAAUCCUAGUGUUAUUUGUGAAAAUAAAUAUAUUGAAAUAAA